AUGGAACGCUUGCCUCUAGAACUGCUUGUUCUCAUCGGCGAGCACGUCCAGAGAAGUUCCGACUCACAGAGCACCUUGCACAUGCUGAGUCUAUGCUGCCGAAGCUUCUACAAUGUCUUCCAACCGAUGAUUUACCAUUCCAUCACAGCGGCCUACCCUAUGUCUGCCGAAUUUAUUCGCUUUAUCAUGCGACUAUGGCGUCAACCAGAACUCGCCAGUCAAGUUCGUCGACUGGAGAUGUGCUGGUCGGCUUGUGACCAGCAAAAACUUGAUGAGGUCGCGAUAAAUAAAUUGAAAGAGGAUACAGAUCUCGCAUCAUUCAUCCAGGAUGCACUAAAUGAGAUGUUUACUCCAGAAGAAGAGGAUAUGAGGAAUGAAUGGGAAGAGCAUCUUUCAUUCGAGUAUCUCUGUGGAGAAGCAUGGCUGGGGCUAUUACUCCUUCGGACGAAUCACCUUCAAACAAUCGAAUUCCAACACGAGAACACCGAGUUAAUGUCGACUAUCUUACACAAAGCUGCAAUCCGACAACACCCAUUUCACAAAACUCCCUUAUUUCCAAAUUUACAAGAAGUUUUAGGAAAUGUUGCGUGGGGGGCCUCAUGGAUUGACUCAGGCUUCCUCACACCUUUCUUCUAUUUUCCUAAUGUUCGUAGAAUAUACUGUUCUGCCAUUGGUGAAAGAAGAGACGAUGAGAAUCAGAUGCUUGAUGAGAGCUAUCGCUCAAGCCAAGUUCGUGAAAUUAUCGUCGACGAGGCCUACUGGUGUCGAGGUAUGGUGGAUUGGCUUAUCACAUGCACGAAACUCGAGCGUGUAUCCAUCAAGAUUGAGGUACAAGCAGAUGAAUAUGAGAUAUGCGACAAUGAGAAAUUUGAUGCAUCGCUCUAUCGCGCUUUGUUGCUCCCAUCCGCUGCGACUCUCAAAUCUCUCCGCAUCUGCUAUGGUGAAUGGUAUAGAGAUCAAUUGGAAGAUGGUGAUAUCCAUGAUGCUCCGUUUGGCACAUUCAGGGAUUUUGUUGUCUUGGAAGAUAUCUUGGUUCGGCAUUCUCAUUUGAAGGACACACAGCCGCUGGUUGAAAUCUUACCAGUGUCUCUCAAGCGUCUUGAAAUCAUAGAUUUGAUGGCUACUGAUGAUCAAGUACAGUUGAUGUCAGAGCUAUCAGAUCUAGUCCACCAGGGCAGUUGCGAAAAUCUUGAAGAGCUGGUUUUGCGCCUUGAUUUAGAAGACGAAGAUGUGCCUGCGGAUGCUCUGAGAAGCCUCGAACUGGAGUGCGAAGCUAGAGGCAUUUUGUUGAAGAUUGAAGCCCCAGAGGACUACUAA